AUGAAGUGCGCACGUGCGAGCGGCCAAAACGUCUUCAUCGUAGUGAGUCGCUUUUUGAGCUCAAAUCGCAAAAUGUCCGUUCCUAUUAGCUGGUCCAUCUGGCUAGUAAUAUACUUCCUCCUCGUACCCUUCAUCUUCAGCGCCAACAACAGUCAUGGGGUUACCGUUAUUCUGGACACUCCUUUCGGUAUUAAUGCCACCGGCUCAAGAGCUCAACUUCUGGGAAUUAUUCGUCGAUUAGCUUUGCAACAAGGCGAAACCCCUGCUAUUCAGGGUAUUCACGAGAAUCGGGGCUAUACUGUUCUCUCAGCUUUCUGUCGUGCCUUGGCUGUCGAACGCGCCGCUUUGAUCGGUAGCCUACCAUAUGGUGUAACAUCCCUAUUUCAGUCCCUCACCUCCACUUUCGACUUCCCUUACAUCACUUGGGAUGAAAUCCCCUCCACUUUUAAACUUCCAUUUGAUGCAGAAGAUAGUAGAUGUCGACUUUUUUCAGUGCGCCCGGAUGUUACUCAACCUCUGAUGGACUUCCUUAUCACCUGGAAUUGGAAGACUUUCGCCUACCUUUAUGGAUCGAUGGAUGCUUUCAGACGUCUCCAAUUCAUCAGCCAAAAAGUAUCGGAUGUAGAAAUUUCUAUAGGUAGAAGUUCUGGUGGUGCUUCUCCCCGAAAUUUUCAGGAAAAGACUACUCGUCGUGUUCUUCCCCCCAUUAUGAGUGGUUAUGUCGAUGUUGAUAAUGAAGAGGUUAUGCACACAACAUUGAAGUCCGUCGAUGCUUACCUGUCCACAAAAGCGGAGCGAAAUGUGGUUAUUGAUCUGGGAAAGCCAAAAACAAGUCUAUCAUUGUCUGGUAGAGAGCGAUUAGAGGCUCUUGUGACCUGGUUCCGUCGGAUGGGAAUGAUGCGGUCGGAGUACAACUACCUCCUUGUCGACUUUGACAUCUACGAACUCUCACUGGAGGAGUUCCUAAGAAGUGGGGUCAACUUCACAGGGUUCCAUUUUUUAGACUACCAGGAUGAAGUAGUUCUGAAGUUUGCAGAGGAGUGGGAAAGCAUUCAAAUACCUCUUCACAACAUUGCUUCCAUUAUGGACGCUCUUGAAGUGGGCUGGAGUCUAAAGAAAGCCACAGAGAAUGGUCUUUGGAAGUCGCGUGAUCCAAACUUGAGAUCAAAAUGUUUUACUUUAUCCGGCACUUUAGUGAGUGCCUCAUUUGUUCAACAAUGGCAGCCAGGAGAUCGAGUUAAAUCGUGGCUUACGUCAACCGAGAUAGUUGGUCAGACUGGGCUCAUACGAUUUGACGAAAGAACCUGUCAACGAACUGAUUAUAAUCUACUCCUCUCUUCCGCCUUUGGAGAGAAGAGGGAUCGCAUAAUUGCCAAAUGGAGUCGCCAUUCUGGGUGGGUUUUACCGUCCCUUUCCACUCAUCUUGGCUUCUUCCAUCAAAUUGCUUUUUCUGGGCUAAAAGAAAAGAUCUUGGAGCCUCUUGAUUACAACAAUUUGUUAGAUAUCUAUCGCCUAAGGAAUAAAACCCUUCGUGUUGUCACGGUUCUAUCGAAACCCUUUAUAAUGUUUGCAAAUCCGGAAGUUACUGGAGCCACCUCUGGACGAGAUAACUUUGUGGGAUACUGCAAGGACCUUGCCGACCACAUAUUCUAUUACCUCAACCUCAACUAUGAAAUUCAUUUGGUGAAGGAUGGUAAAUUCGGAACUAUUGAUGCAGCUACCGGUGAGUGGAACGGUAUGGUAGGAGAGGUGCUUCGUGACGAAGCUGACUUGAUAAUUGCCCCACUGACUAUGAAUACCAUUCGUGCCAAGUUUAUUGAUUUUUCCGAACCUUUCAUGAAUUUCGGUCUCGCCUUGAUCAUUCGAAAGCCUGGUAAAACCAAACCUGGCAUGUUCAGCUUUCUCUCCCCGUUAACAAACGCUGUGUGGCUAAGAAUGGCUGGAGCCACGAUAGUGGUGAGCCUGGGACUGCGUCUUAUCGCUGCAAUUUCACCCAAAGAAAGAGCUCCAGCUAAUCCUGCAUUGGGUUUUAAUCUCGGCAACUGUAUCUGGUUCGCUGUGGCCUCAUUCGUUCACCAGGGCAUUGACAUAUUUCCAGUCUCUCCGGGAGCUCGUGUAUUUGCUAGUAUCUGGAGGUACGUCUGUCUUGUAGUGAUGGCAUACUACACGGCAAAUCUUGCUGCAGCUUUAUCCGUAGAGCGUCUAAUCUCGCCCAUCAAUUCCAUCAAAGAUUUCGCAGAGAGGGAAGAUCUACCCAUUCAGAUCGGUACGCUGGACUCAGGGGCUACUAAGGAUUUUUUUGCACAUGCAGAAGAUAGUCUUUAUAAGACGGUUUUUAAUCGAAUGGAACGGGAUCCUUCAGUCUACGUCCCCACACUGGCAGCAGGCUUUGAAAGGAUUCGAACCAAGCCUUACGCCUUCGUAGCAGAAUCAAAGAUGAUUGAAUACAUUAAUCAUCGACAGCCCUGUGAUACCAUGAUGGUCGGAAGCACCUUUGGAAGCAAGGCAUAUGCAGUGGGGCUUCCCGCCAACAAACCAGAGAUGCGCAUCUUGAAGGAACACGUAACCGAUGCGAUUCUGCGUUUACGAGAGAAUCAGAAGUUGGCUAAGCUCUACAAGGAGUGGUGGAUUGAGAAGGGAGAGUGUAUGCAGGGCGGUGGACAGCAGACCAGUGAGCCGUUAGCAUUGAUAAAUCUUUCUGGCGUGUUCUAUAUCCUGAUUGGUGGAAUGGUUCUCGCCAUGGCUGUCGGCGUGAUUGUCUUUGUGUUCAAAUUACGGAAGACCAAACGACUUGAGAACGAAUAA